AUGGAUAAACUAUUCGGCUCCGGGACUACUGAAACCAGCAGCAGCAGCAGCAUUAGCGGUGGGACUGAUGUUACCGUUACUUCUACUUCGGCCUCAGGAACGGCAGGAACGGGGACUGGGUCUAUAAUUCGAAGUAACAGCCGUGCGAGGUCGAGGUCUCCACUACCCCGCAACAAUCUUGAUGGGAUAACUCGUUCGAGUUCGGUUUCGAAGGCUAUAACGGAUCAUGUAGUCGGUUCUACGAAAAGAAUAUCACCGAAGGACUACCCGGAGGAUUGUCCCGCUGUAUUGGCGAGGUGGCAUUAUGCUGUUGAUAAUCCGAAACGAAAACCAUUCCAGAAGGAACCCGACUUGAAGAAUCCUCCAAAGCCGCCCGUUAAAUUUGUCCCAUUUGGUGAACAAGAUUCGAAAAGGAUUGAGGCUGCUUUUUUGGAACUUUCGGAGAGGGAUGAUGCGAAAACAGCUCUAGAGGCCGAAAAACCUUGGACUUCUAGGAGGAAGGAUAGUGAUGAUGAAGAUAGUACAGAUCCUGGGGUGACAGAAGAUGAGGAGGUUACGGUGAUGGUUAACGAAGAUUACUUGUUCGAUGUGCAUAUUAAGGCUAGGGAGUUGGCGAGUGCCUAUUGGGAGGGACCGGUCUAUAGUGUUCUGAGGGGGACUUGGUUUCGAGAUGAGGGUAGCAGUUUACGGCCGUUGGAAGAAAAGCUGAGUGAUCAGGUUGAAAGAGGAUAUAUCAAAUUCAAGCCGUAUCGACAAAAGACACCCAUUGUCCCACCUACCGUCGCAGGACCUUCUGCCGCCGCCGCCACCAUAACGACUUCAAAUACGGAUUCCUCAAAACUAAAUGUGCCGACGAUAGAAACAACUCAAGCUGAUAUUACACCGCCCCCCGGGCUUUCACAACAGCAGAGCUGGCCCCUAUUGGGUCCUUGGUUGAAUUCGUUCGUUGUUUACUCGGAUGCUACUACAGCAUGGCUUAUGACGGAUGAUAUCUAUGGAAAAAUCAGUUCUACUUUGUUCCAGAGGAUGACGUCUGGGCAGAACCUCGGAGGGGUCAAGUUAGUCAGGGGAUGGGUUGACAAGGCGCCAGUUGGGAAACCAGUCGCCCCCGGCGGUGUAGCAUCUGCAGCCGGAUCAAGGCCUGUUACUCCUACGCCUGGAAAACCGGGUGGGUCGAAAAGAUCAUCGAUGAUUAUUGAUCCUAAGAAAAAUGCUAGUCCGAAGGCUCCGACGAAAGAUGAGGAACCACAGACUGGAGCGCAGGCAGGUAGGAUUGCAUUGGAGAGGAAGAUGUCGACGUUAUUAGGGAUGGGGGAUGAUGAUGAUCCCGAGAAGGUUAUGGAGGAUGAAAUGAAAGAAGAUUACAAAAAUAGUGAUGAGAAUGAAAAUGAUCGGGAAGUUGAGCAUUUGAUUCUGGUCACUCAUGGGAUCGGCCAGCGGCUUUCGCUAAGGAUGGAGUCUAUAAACUUCAUUCACGACGUGAAUGUAUUUCGAAAAACGUUGAAGGACGUCUAUGGAGCUUCACCUGAUAUUCAGCAGCUUAACGCGGAGUUGGAUAAUCUGCCUAAGAAUUGUAGGAUUCAGGUGCUUCCAGUUUGCUGGAGGCAUCUUUUAAACUUCCCAAAAGAAGCACUUCGAGCACAUCGCCUAAAUUCUGGGUAUGCCACGAACCUAUCACAGACAGAUGUCGAACAUGAUAUAGGAGAUCCGGAUGACGAUAGUAUCUACGAAUCUUACCCUGCUCUGGACGACAUUACAAUCGAAGGUGUUCCUGCCGUACGCAGUCUGAUCACCGACCUUGCCCUCGACAUUCUCCUAUAUCAAAGUGCUUACCGGGAGCACAUCGGCCGCAUCGUCGUUCGCGAAUCAAAUCGCAUCUACGAACUUUGGAAGGCCCGUAACCCCGGCUGGAACGGCCGGGUUUCAUUAUGUGGACAUUCCCUCGGUUCAGCUAUCUAUUUUGAUAUCCUAUGCAGAGAAGGAUUUAAAGGCAAGCAAGUAGGGUCGGGGCUGAACUUCAAAUGUGAUAGUUUCUUUGCAUUUGGCAGUCCGAUCGGGUUAUUUCAAAUGUUGGAGGGCAAGUCUAUUGCUGCUCGAACGCCAAUGUCGAAAGUUUUGAUGAUGGAUAACGAACCCCAGGAUAUUUUGACACCGCCGGAGGCAAGGUCCGAUUAUUUUGGGUCUUUCGAGCCUGGAAACUUUGGAGGCAGUGGAGUGUUAGAUAUUAAUAUUUCUUCGCCGUCGUGUGGACAGUUAUACAAUAUCUUCCAUCCCACGGAUCCAAUCAGUUACAGGAUGGAGCCGUUGGUUACGAAGGCUAUGAGCGAGAUUAAACCGCAGAAUUUACCAUAUACGAAGAAAACGCUAUUGGGAAAUCAACUCGCAGGACUAUCAGGGAUCGGACAGAGUAUUACCAGUAUGUGGAGUAAUUUCUCUGCUGGGGUGGCUAGUAGUAUUUUGAAUAGGAGUUUGGGUUUCACGGGAGAGCAUGCGAUUAGCGAUAAAAGAAAGAGUGCAGGUUCGUUGGAUAUUGAGACCUGGUACGAUGAGGGAGAGGAGAUGGAACACAAGCCUACAUUGAUUGAUGGGGAGUUGGAGACUUUGUAUGCCGGGUUCCAGAAGAGUAGAGGUGGGAAGGAUGACGGCGAGGGUGGUGACGGGGAUGGUCCAAAGACAGAAGCGGAGAGAAGGGCAGAGGAGAAAGCGAAAAGGCUUAAGACUGAGGAAAGGAAGGUUAGGGCUCUGAAUAGGACGGGGAGGAUUGAUUUUUCGGUGCAGGAAGGGGCAUUCGAUAUCAGUUUGAUUGCAUCGAUUGCGUCGCAUUUGAGCUACUGGUCUGAUGAGGAUGUAAACAGCUUUAUUCUGUCGCAGCUUCUUUCUAACAGAAGAAAGUCUUCAGUGGCUAAGCCACCACAGAGUGUGGCUGGGUCGACAUAA